AUGUCAGCUUCGGAACGCGAAGAAGACCGCUCACGCGUUGACGGCUUCGAGAUAGAGAUCUUCAAACUCGUCAAGGAGGAGGCGACAUCGAAGCAAUGGAAGCAGUGGCUUCGGACACCACUGGAGCAUGCCGCGGCCAAAGGAAACCUUGAUCUCUUCACACGGCUGAUAGACGCUGGUGCCGGCGGGGAACCAGGCUGGCAGGGUUGGGGUCACCGCGAACGAACGCUGCUGGGCGCGGCUGCGUGCGGCAACAAAAGCGACGUGAUGGUCCAGGCUUUACUCGAGGCUGGGGAGACGGAGUUUGUAAACACCAGCUUCGGGGCUACACGCGAAUCCGCUCUCCACGUUACGGUAGCGCGGGGAGCAGAGGAUGCCUCGAAGGCGCUCAUGAUGGCCGGAGCAGACCCAAAUCUUGGCAAUGUUGACGGCGAUAGUCCGCUCCACCUCGCUGCCGAAGCAGGGCACCACCGAGUAAUAGGUAUCCUUCUUCUUCGGAAAGAGGCCCAAUCUGCAGACCCGAUGAAUUUAUUCCUGGAGACUCCUCUCCAUCUCGCUGCUGCCAUUGGUCAUACGCUGUGUAUCUCUGAGCUUUUGAUGGGCGGUGCAGACAAGGACGUGACUGAUGGGAAAGGUGAAACGCCACUGUUCAAGGCGGCAGCAAACAACCACCUCAGGGCUGUCCAAGAGCUUCUAGCUGCCGGUGCCGACCAGGGCAUUCUUACCAUGGACUACCGUUCUCCGCUUCAGGCUGCUGCAAGCAGAGGUAACGCGGCAAUGUUGAAAGCCUUCCUUGACAAAGACAGCCGUGAAGUCGAUGCCACCGAUGGUCGCGGAUGGACAGCCCUGCACUAUGCUGCUUAUGUUGACAGAUCUGUCCAUGAUAACGGCGAUGCUGUCCGUGCACUCUUGGAAGCUGGUGCUGACGUCAACGUGAAGACCGACGCCCACGCCAGCGAUGAUAUCUUCACGCCUCUACAUGUCGCCGUCAAUCGUCGGAUGGCAUCGAUCUGCAUGAUCCGCGCGCUGUUGGAGGGAGGGGCGGAUGUCAAUGUGCGUGACGACUGCAAUCAGACGCCACUGCAUGUCGCUUGCAUGUGGGGGAAUGUUUCUGGUGUAGAGCUUCUGCUGCGUUGGGGAGCAGAUGAGAUGCUGAAGAACCACAGGGCAGACACGCCUGCAGACGAGAUAGGAGUGUGGGGAGAUGAGGAUCGUCAUGGCGUCGCCGCGGCUGGCUGGUGCUGA